UUCUGUUCUGGCAUUCCACAAUUCAAUUUCUUCAUUUUUAUAUACAAGAAAGACUUGCUUUAUUCCAUACGCUCUCUCUAAAAAGUCUCAUGGCUAACCAUAUUUUUAUAAAAUGAAUAUGCAGCCUCUCUCUCUCUCUUAUAAUUGCUGUGUCUUUUGAACCAGAAAUUGAAGAGAAGAGCAAAAGUAAGGUAUGGGGAGAGCUCCUUGCUGCGACAAAGCCAACGUGAAGAAAGGUCCAUGGUCACCCCAAGAAGAUGAUGCGCUUAAAUCUUAUAUAGAUAAGCAUGGCACUGGUGGUAACUGGAUUGCUUUGCCUCCAAAAAUUGGUCUUAAAAGAUGCGGCAAAAGCUGCCGUCUCAGAUGGUUAAACUAUCUUCGCCCUAACUUAAAGCACGGAGGCUUCUCUGAGGAAGAAGACAGCAUAAUCUGCAGCCUCUAUAUUAGUAUUGGGAGCAGGUGGUCUAUAAUUGCAGCACAGUUGCCAGGAAGAACUGAUAAUGACAUAAAGAACUACUGGAAUACAAGGUUGAAGAAGAAGCUUCUUGGAAAGCAUCGUAAAGAGCAACAACCUAGAAGAGGUAAUAAUGGCCUGCAACAAGAGACGAAGAGAGCAAAUCCAAUAACAGUUUCAUCAACUGAUAACAAUUUCAGUAAUCAAAACCCUUAUUGGCCGGAGCUGCCUUCGCCAGCUCCCAUACCAUACUCCAAUCAAGAACCACUUUUUAACGACCAUGCGUCUGUCAGGAAAUUGCUUAUCAAGCUUGGAGGAAGAUUCUCUAAUGAUGAAGAUCGCACGAAUCAUGGAAAGUCGACGAAUCCUCAAUUGUCCUUCUCCCAGAAAAUUUAUGAACAGACGACCGUUAGUAUCUCUUCUUCUGCUGCUUCAAGUUCAAUGGCGGCUUUUAAUAAUAAUUGCUGUAAUGCAAGUGCUCAAUUUGCACAAACACAGUGCAACAACGUAUUAGAUUGGACUGGAUUGCAAAUGUUCAAAACACAAAACAAUUUUCAUGGAGGAAGUGAAGAAAUUGUAUACAGCAGCAGCAACCCUCAAAGAUUGGACGGAUUGGAGUUUCUAAUAGGCGAAAAUAUGUUAAAUGAAAGAUUUGACAUGAGCUCAUUGAUUUAUUCUCCUGUUAACGGUAUAAAUUGUGAAGGAAAGGCACAAAGUUUAAUGCUGCAAGAAUAUGGUAGCGUUGAUGAGCUGAGGUACCGUGCUUGAUGAUUGAUAAAAUGAUAUAUUUUGUGUACAUUAAUAGCAUAAGCUACUAUAAAGAUUUGUAUCAAUAGGAAGGUGUUGGAAAUUUGAAAAACUCUAAGAAGAUCAUAUGUGAAAUGUUAGCAUUCCCUUUUGAUUAUAUAUAUUUAAGUUAUUUGGUGUCA